GGAAGUUUACGUUUUUAUCUCCCUUGCAUCCACCAUUUGUCAAUUUUUCUCAGUCCAACCCAAAAAAUGGACAGAGAAGAACUAUGCGAUAGUCUUAUCACAUGGAUGCAGACAUUUGAUAUCUCUGCAUCAAUCCAUAAAGUGGAUGAUUUAAUUGAUGGGGUGGCAAUGGCACAAGUCCUUAAUCAAAUAGCACCUGACUAUUUCAAUGAAGGCUGGAUGUCAAAGAUCAAAUUUGAUGAAGUUAAAAACUGGAGGCUGAAGGUCAGCAACUUGAAAAAGAUAUUAAAUGGCAUCUUGGAGUAUAAUAUGGAGGUUUUGGGAAUCCAUAUACAAAAUUUUCAAAUGCCAGAUGUCAGUGCUAUUGGUGAGCGCAGUGACAAGGCAGAGCUUGGUCGACUUCUACAACUGAUCUUAGGCUGUGCAGUCAACUGUGCAAACAAAGAGGAAUACAUUGGGAGGAUCAUGUCAAUGGAGGAGUCUGUACAACAUGUUGUCAUGAAUGCAAUCCAGGAGUUAAUGACAAAAGAAAUCAGUACUGGAAUAGAAGGAGAUACAGAAUUAGGAGAUCAGUUAAAGCGUGCUGUUGAUGAUUUAAAUAGUGCCUUAGAAGCCAAAGAAGAAUUGACUCAGCGAUGCCAUGAACUGGAUCAACAGGUUGCAGCAUUGUUAGAAGAAAAACAUGCCUAUCUCACAGAAAAUGAAAAAUUACAGGAGCGAAUCAACCAAUCAGAAAACUUCGAUGAUUCCAGCACCCCUGCUGGGAAAAGGUUCCUUCAGCUUCAGCAGCAAGUGGAAGCCCUGCAGGAAGAGAACUUUAAAUUGGAGACCUCCAAAGAUGAUAUGAGGAUUAAAUUUGAUGUCCUGUCCAAAGAAUGUGCUGAAUUUAAGCAAAAGAAUUCUGAGUUAACUGCUGUGGUAGAUGAAGCCAGGUCACUGAAGGAUGAAGUCGAUGUCCUCAGACACACGUCAGAACAAGUGACAAAGUAUGAAGCAAUGAUUGAUUCAUACAAAAAGAAACUAGAGGAACUGAGUGAUUUGAGAGGUCAGGUCAAACUAUUAGAGGAUAAAAACACAAAAUAUAUGCAGGAACAUUUAGAAAUGGAAGAGGAGUUACGGAAAUCCAACACUGUCAAACAGCAACUGGAAAUGUACAAGAGACAGGUUCAUGAACUUCAGAGCAAAAUGUCAGAUGAAACAAAGCGAGCAGACAAGGCAGACUUUGAGUGUAAAAGGGCUCAGGAGAAAUUAGUGGCUCUACAACGAGAGAAAGAGAGAAUUGCUACAGAGCGUGACUCUCUGAAAGAAAUGAAUGAGGAACUAAAGUGUACUCAGCUUCAGGGUAUGGAGGGUGGGGAACCCUCAAACCUCACUCAGACCCCCAGAGUGGAGAUGUUGUCCCUCCCACCAGAAAUCAAGGAAAAGAUGUUGAGGUUGGAGCACGAGAAUAAGAUGUUGAGGAUAAAGAGUUCUGGGUCAGAAGAGGAGGGAUCCCAGGUGCUACAGUCCAUGCUGGACGACGCCAACAGUCGUAAGAACGAGCUGGAGACAGAACUCAGAAUUGCAAACCAAAGAAUCAUGGAGUUAGAGGCUCAGGUGGAGGACAUUCAUGAAAAUCAGAACACUGUGUCUAGUGAAGAAGUGGCGGACAUCAAGAAAAAGUUAAACGAGCAGAUUCAGAGGACUCAAGAAAAAGACAAUGCGCUGUCUAAAAACAAAGAAUUGCAAGAAGAUCUUGAAAAGAAAUACAAUGAACAGUCUCAGAAAGUGCAAGAGUUACAGGACUUGCUAAAUAAGAAAGACAAUGAAAUGAAGCUGAUGGAGGCGCGAUACAGUAAAUAUUUAGAAAAGGCCAGGGCGGUGUUUAAAGCAAUUGACCCCAAACAAAACAGCAGCACAUCGGCUGAAGUUCAAGCUCUGAAAAACCAGCUCCACGAGAAGGACAAAUACAUAGCUCUCAUUGAGAAAGAGAAUGAAAAAGCUAAGAGUAUACGUGAUCAAGAAGAAAAAUACAUAGUUUCUGCCUGGUAUAACAUUGGCAUGCAGUUGAAUCGCCAAGCAGCAGAGGAGCGUUUAAACACUCAAGGACAGUCAUUUCUUGCCAAACAGCGACAAGUGCGCACCACUCAUAGAACUCAGUCCAUUCCAAACUCAAAUGCACAGAGUGACUUUCUGGAGUACUGAUCUGAAAUAAGUUGGUCUGUGUUAUGUUCAAGCACCAUAGAAUCUGUAUUGAGCUGUAAGGGACACAGUUCCACACUUUUCAUACAAAUUUUAAACUGAAUGCCUAGGUUGUACAUGUAUUUCAUUUGAGGUGGGGGGGGG